UUAAAAUAUAAAAGGCUACAAAAUUGAAUGAACCAGCACACAAAAUACUACACAAGAUGACUGAUAAUGACGCAGCGGUAAAUCGCCUGGUAGCCUUGAUGCCAAACACUGACAAAGAGACCCAUCGCAAGAUUACUGAAACACAAACAAGACACCGUAUCAAACUGGUCAAGGAGUGGGCAAUCGCUGAUGCUUCGUCCGUGUUGGAAAUUGGAUGUGGCCAAGGCGAUACCACUGUAGUACUGGCAGAUGCCGUUGGCUCUAAAGGAAAAAUCACCGGGAUUGACAUUGCUGAAGAAGACUAUGGUUCGCCCUUAACAGUUGGACAAUCCAUGCAACACCUGAAAAAUGGCGACAUUGGUGAUAGAAUUGACUAUCACUUCAACACUGAUAUCACCAAGCCUGAAGCAGAUGUAUACUCAGGCUAUGAUGUAGCCAUCCUUUCCCAUUGUUCUUUCUACUUCAACUAUCCAGAAGACCUUGUUAACAUUUUUGCGAAUCUGCGGAAGAAAGCAAAAACACUUUGUUUUGCUGAACAUCUUGCGUAUGUUCCUGAAAGCAAGGACCAAUUACCACACUUCUUAGCACUCAGUAUUCACGCUCAGAUCCAAGCACGGGUAGGUAGUCAAAGGGCCAAUAUUCGCACCUUGUUUACACCUGACAUGAUCCGUACAGCCUGUGAAAAUGCGGGUUGGAAAAUUAAGCGCGAAUUUCAAGUGGAGACUCCAGAGCUACAGGAUGCGGGUUGGGAGGUAUCUGAUCUUUUACGUAUUAAGGAUCAAGAGCUUAUGGACGCGGCAAAAGGCGAUAAAAAAUGGCUUGAACUUAUCAAAGCACAUCUCCAGAUCCUGAAAGAUGUUAGACAACGAGUUAAUCACUGCGAUACUCUGCCUACUUGGGGCUUUGUCGCGGAAUGAUAGACAUAAGCAAUGCUUAAACCAUGCCUUGAUAUCCAUACAUUGAGCAAUAUUUAGAUACCCACCAUUCUAUUUACGUACUUGCUACCCCGUUGGAUGAAAUUUUUAAUGUGACUUUUAAAGUUUCAGGGCUACAAACGGAAUCUGUAAUCGC